AUGACCGAUGAAACUCUUGACUACAAACAAGAGUUAACUCGCGCCCUCAAUCGUUUGACCAAUUAUGGAAUGGUAGUAUCGGCAUUUUGCAGUUGUGAUAGUGUGGCAGUACUCUUUGCUUAUGACUUAACGGCUGGAGAUCCUAUGUCACAUCGUUCUUCACCCGGUACAUUUCACUUUUACAACAUAUGUGGAUCAUACUGUUUGGAUAAAUUCAUCGGAAUUCUUCAAGUACAAUUUUGUCUUGGUAGAUAUGAUUCAACAGUAUACAUGACCGAAGAAACAGAGCGUGCUGCAGUCGUUGGCCUCAUGGGAAUGACUCGUGCACUUAUAAGAUCUUCGCUCUUUGGUUGGUUUUUCAUGAUUUCGCUUCUUAUGGCAAUUAAAAACUAUGAAGCAAUAAUGUAUACAACUAUCGAGUUUCCAGUGACACAAAUAUUAUUAGAUAAUUUUGGUCAUGCAUAA